AUGCAUCAGGCUGGCCACCAUCCGUGGCUUUCUCCAACUGUCAAUGGCUCAGCAGGGCAGGAGCCCCAGAAGCAGCUUCCGGAGGUCCUGGGCGGGGCCUGGGAACCUCGUCCAGGGGUCGGGCUGCCCCUGCUCACCAUCAUCGUCGCUGUCUUUGUCUUGCUGGCAGUCUGCAUCGUGGUGGCGGUCCACUUUGGGCCAAGGCUACACAAAGGCCAUGCCACGCUUGUCACAGAGCCACCAUCCCCAAAGCCAGAGGGUGGCAUCUACCUCGUCCGCUGGCACAUGCUGGGCCAUCAGGACAGUCACGCAGACGCCCAGCAGGAACCUCCGGGCCCUGACUCCUGCCCUGUGCCAGAUGGACCCAGGUUCAGCAUCGAUGAAGUCACGUUUCUGUAG